GGCAACGCCCUGGGGGUCCCAUAUCGGUACAGUGGCAGUGUUGUUCUUUUGCUACUGCUCACUCUGGGUCCGCACUGCCUUUAUGAGGUGUAACAGCCACUGCAAAGGUCUGCAGCUUCACUCCUGAAGCCAGCGAGACCACAAACCCACUGGGAGGAACUAACAACUCCAGACGUGCUGCCUUAAGAGCCUUAACACUCACCACGAAGGUCUGCAGCUUCACUCCUGAGCCACCGAGACCACAAACCCACCAGAAGGAAGAAACUCUGAACGCAUCCAAACGUCAGAAGGAACAACCUCUGGCCAUGCCGCCUUUAAGAACUGUAACACUCACCGGGAGGGUCCAAGGCUUCAUUCUUGAAGUCAGCGAGACCAAGAACCCACCAAUUCCGGACACAAUAUGAAAGAAGCCUAACUAAUGUUUGCACUCUACCUAACCUACUACUUGGAGCAUGUUGCAGUCAGACAUUGGCUGGGACCACGGUCAUCUAAGGAUAGUGCUCAAGCUGGCUGUUGUCUGGAAACUCACCUGGGGCUACUGAUCAGAAAACCUGCAUGUGGCUGUCCAGCAAGGCAAUGUUAAAGGUAAUCAGGUUCCUUACAGAAUGAACAUCUCAAGAGUGGUGGGUGAAAGCUGCAUGGUCUUUCUGACUUAACUGUGAAUGUUACAUAGUAUCACUUCCACCACGUUUUACAUCAAAGUAGUGUGAAGCUCACCCAGAUUCAAGGGACUGAGAAACAGGCACCACCUCUCAAUGAAAGGAGUGUCAAAGAAUUAGUUUUAAAACUGGCACAAGUAGAUAAUUAUCUCUAUUUUUAUAGAUGAAGAAAAUAAAGCAUAUGGGAGUUAAGAAAUUUGUCUAGGAUCACCGAACUGGUACGUGAUGGAGUUAGGAUUUGAACCCAAGCAGUCUGACUCCAGAGCAGAGCUCUUAAACACAACAGCACUGCAAGCCAAGGACGUUGGGAAGCCCACUGUCUCCUUGGCUGAAUGGGCAUAGUGCCCUUUCCACAGUUCCAGUGCAGAGCCCCCUAUUGAAACAUCUCCAAGAAUAUUAAACUGGGGGGAUUAUCUCCAGUCUACACUUUGGGGAGUCUGGUUGCUAUGCAUAUAAUGUUGCCAGAACUCUUCAAUGACUCAAGGGAUGGGAGCAAAGAGAGUAGUUGAAGAGGCUGUCGCCUGCUGGUGCUAAAAGUUCCUAAGACCCCACAGCGUCAGAUGGGACUGACCCUGCUAGUUGGUAUCAGUUGCCUCCUUUGAUCUAUGCUUCAGGCUGCACGUUACUUGGUGGUCACAGUUGUAACCCUAGACUAUCCUGGACAGUAAUAUCAAACGGGUUUCACCCAAAUGUGCAAGAGCCCACAUGGCUGUUAAUUGGUUAAUAUUGAUAUUGGUUAAUUAACAGCCAUAGGGAUCCUCAAAGACCUUGACAGGUCUUUGAGAGUGAGAGUGGACUAAGGGCAAGUGAAAGGGGGCAAGGCGUACAUUAAAGGAAACAAGAUAAUCCAAGACAGCAGUAGAUGGCUUGUUACCAAACCAUGUGACCGAGGUGACCACGUUAGUUCAGACAGUAAAGGGAUGAGAAUAGCAGUGAAGGAAAUUCUUCCUCCACACUGUGGCGGCAGAGGAGGCCUUAUGACAGCCUAUUGACAGAGUUUCCAGAAGAGCUAACUGCACUUUCCUAUCUUUUUAAGAAGGCAUGCUUCUUUCCUCCUUCCUCUCCUGUUCUUCUCAGGGACUCUAAGGCCUUGCUAUAACUCUAUAAUUUUUAACUUACGGUUUUGUCCUGGAAAGAAAAAUUCAUGCACCUUCCCAAGUUCUUUACCUGCAGCAGGCACUGAGAUAGUUGAUCCAGAAGAGACUUAAGUUAAUUGAGGGGGAGGGUACCUGGUGCUUAACGGGUCACUAAACAACUCUGUGAUAGACCCCUAGGUGGACACUGACAUCAUUAUCUCCUAAACUAAAACAGAGUCAGAUCCAUGGGUGUGUGUGGGUCAACCCCAUGCAUCUUAACCAUAGGGCCAUCAACUUGGUGUGCUUUCUUUCUCCCAAACUAGUUUUCACGUACACUGGGCACACACAUACACAUCCAUGUACAUACAGGUUCCCACCAUUCCCUCCCACUCUUCGGUUUUUUCACACCAACUUUGGCCUUCAUCUUCCCAAUUAUCAGAUGAUUCUCAUGGCUUCCAUUUGUCAGAAGUGCUGGGAGGGGCAGUUACUGAAACGGUUAUGAGGGAUUACCAUUCUCACAUUAGGAAUGAAAGAGUGCCUGACAUACAUUAUGUGGUUCACUGACAUUCAAAGAAAUAUAAAAUAUAUUUAAAAUGUUAAGGUUUACACAAGAGAAAUAAUCUUCCCCUUGCACUGAUACUGCUAAACUUAUUUGAGGAAAUUCACAUUAAAACUUUUAAAACUCCAAAGGGACUCUAAUCAGGAAUGGCUAAUGAGCCUCCAGAAAUCUUUUAUAACUCUAACAUGAUUAUCAAAUAUAAUUUACCAAACCCAUAUGACCAAAGGUUCAGAGUUGUCACUAUUAAAUAAAGCAGAAGUCCUAACUUUGCAGAAGAAACAGCCACUGCCAAACUUCAGUAUUACAUAGUUGUUGGGAGUUGUUUUUAAAAUUUCCAUGUUCCAAGAUAUCACAGGUAGUGGCCACCUUACCUCUUCAUUAGGAAAGGUUAGAGAUACAUUUUCAUCCCAAGCCACAGACUGGGCUCAGUUACAGCUUUGUGGCAGGAUAAGGUUAAGAGAGGUGGAGUGGGCAGGGACGAGGGAGGGAGGCAGAAGCAGAAAAAUCAAUUCAGAUUACUUUGAUGACAGUGACUUUCAGUCUUCUCUGAAAGAUCUCCAUGAUGCUGGCAGCCCGGACAGGGGCAGCGGGGAGUCAGAUCUCAGAGGAGAACACCAAGUUAAGGAGACAGUCUGGGUUUUCUGUAGCAGGGAAAGACAAAUCUCCCAAGAAAGCCUCAGAAAAUGCUAAAGACAGCAGCCUUAGUCCCUCAGGGGAAAGCCAGCUCAGGGCGCGUCAACUGGCUCUGCUGCGCGAAGUGGAGAUGAACUGGUACCUAAAGCUCUGCGACCUGUCCAGCGAGCACACCACCGCCUGCACCACGGGCAUGCCGCACAGGAAUCUUGGAAAAUCAGGACUCAGAGUUUCUUGCUUGGGUCUUGGAACAUGGGUGACAUUUGGAGGUCAAAUUUCAGAUGAGGUUGCUGAACGGCUGAUGACCAUCGCCUAUGAAAGUGGUGUUAACCUCUUUGAUACUGCCGAAGUCUAUGCUGCUGGAAAGGCUGAAGUGAUUCUGGGGAGCAUCAUCAAGAAGAAAGGCUGGAGGAGGUCCAGUCUGGUCAUAACAACCAAACUCUACUGGGGUGGAAAAGCUGAAACAGAAAGAGGGCUGUCAAGAAAGCAUAUUAUUGAAGGAUUGAAGGGUUCCCUCCAGAGGCUGCAGCUCGAGUAUGUGGAUGUGGUCUUUGCAAAUCGACCAGACAGUAACACUCCCAUGGAAGAAAUUGUCCGAGCCAUGACACAUGUGAUAAACCAAGGCAUGGCGAUGUACUGGGGCACCUCGAGGUGGAGUGCUAUGGAGAUCAUGGAAGCCUAUUCUGUAGCAAGACAGUUCAAUAUGAUCCCACCCGUCUGUGAACAAGCUGAGUACCAUCUUUUCCAGAGAGAGAAAGUGGAGGUCCAGCUGCCAGAGCUCUACCACAAAAUAGGGGUUGGCGCAAUGACAUGGUCUCCACUUGCCUGUGGAAUCAUCUCAGGAAAAUACGGAAACGGGGUGCCUGAAAGUUCCAGGGCUUCACUGAAGUGCUACCAGUGGUUGAAAGAGAGAAUUGUAAGUGAAGAAGGGAGAAAACAACAAAACAAGCUGAAAGACCUUUCCCCAAUUGCUGAGCGUCUGGGAUGCACACUACCUCAGCUAGCUGUUGCGUGGUGCCUGAGAAAUGAAGGUGUGAGUUCUGUGCUCCUGGGAUCAUCCACUCCUGAACAACUCAUUGAAAACCUUGGUGCCAUUCAGGUUCUCCCAAAGAUGACAUCACAUGUGGUAAAUGAGAUUGAUAACAUAUUGCGCAACAAGCCCUACAGCAAGAAGGACUAUAGAUCAUAAAGCAAUGCAUGAACCACAGAAGCUGCAUGGUUACAAUAGCGGCCUGUGCCCAGUACAGAAAGGUGUUACUAACCAGUCUUUUGAAUCACUUAGCAGCUUGCUGCUCAACCUCUAGUGUCCCUCCCUGGAUUCUUUGAGGUGUCUGCUGUCGCUACCACUGUGCACAUCUGAAAACUCACAACCAAGAAAAUCCAUUCUAUUUUCUUAUCUUGGACUGGAGUCACCUAUUCUUGCAUUGCUGUAUACACCUCAUGCUUAUGCAAUGGGAAGAAUAUGGGGGCCGGGGGUGAUGUACUACCUUCAGGCAUUUGGUAACUCAAAGAAGGCUGUACAGAUAUAUUUUUUCAAAAGAACAAAAUCCACAGAUGCAAUGUGAGUUGCAUAAGAAACAGACUAGAUAGACUAAAUUCAGUGAAGGAAAGGAAUUGAGAGAUUUUUCUUAGGAAAUAGAUUACUGUUAAGUAAAUAGUUAUUAAAAAUAUAUCUCACUAAAAAAAAACAGUAUCUUCACUCAAAAGUCUUGCUUGGAAGAAUAAGCAGAAAGAAUUUUAUAUAUUUUUUUCUAUUUUCACAUUCAUACUAACAAGUUUUGUUCCAUUUGUUAUUCAAUAAAACAAAAAUUUCUAGGUAUUUGCUUUAUUACCUUUCAAAUAUUUACUGUUGGUUGGCCCCAAGAAUGGCCUUGUACAACUUAUCCAGAAUGUCUAUUAAGAUUCUAAUGUUAUGUCCACUUACAAGUAGAGACAGUAAAAGGAUGAAUACCCCAAUCUUUAGUGACACUGCAGCUGAUUUAUAAAAGAGAGGGCUACACUGCUAUGGAAACUUAGCUUCGAAGCAAAUGCAAUGUAUCUGCAAUUAGGUGUUCAUUUUUUACUACAUUUUAUUAAAACUUGCUUUAUACUUUCAACUGCUUGUAGGCACAACUGCAAGUUUAAAUAUUUGAGCUUUACAAGUAAACAUACAUAUGCUCAGUUUUUUAAGUAAACCUGUAAAAUACCUAGAAAGGCAAAUGUUCAUUGUUUAAUUAGCACUGGGAUUUUACAAUAUAAUGUUUGGUAUUUUUGAGGCGUUGUUAACAUGAAAGUCAACCACUGGCUUUGUGGAAAAUGCUAUGUCACUAUUCAGAAUAUGCUGGGUAAAUUAACUUGCCUAGUGAAAAGCAAAAUGUUAAAGAACUUCUGGUUCGAUAAUCAUAUUAUAUGCACUAAACUAUAUGCAUGAAAGUUCUUUGCAUGGAUUAAUGGGGCUUACCCUUUUGCACUCAAAAUCUGAGGUAUAUCUAGCCCUGCCACUAUUGGCUACUUACUUACCCUAAUUAAUUAAUAUCCCACUUGAGAAAAAUUGUGAGAAUAUACUGUGUCAAUAUCUGUAAAAAGAGAGAAAACAUGCUUUUUUUUUUUUUUUUUUUUGAAGGGGGUGGUGUGGGAGUGGCCCUUUAACUCUAUUUGGAUAUCUGAGGAUGUACAAAAUCCUAAUUUAAUUUUCUGGUCAGCAAGUUCCCCACACAGAAAUCAUUCUGAGGUUUACAGAAGAACUGUAAUAUUAUUUUAAAAUGCGAUUUUCUGUCAUUAUUUCUAGAUAUGUACUUCAUGGUUAAAUUCUAAAUCUGAAAAUGCUAGUGGGCGACAUCAAGACAUUUUCUUUUUGAUUACUAGUACCUGUAUUCUAACAGAGAGUUUGAAUUUUUUGCCCGAGUAUCAGAAUGAUGGAAAUUGAUCAUUUUUUUCAGUUGUUCAUUGUGUACUCAAUCCAGCAAACUGCUGUAUGUAUAGAGGAGCUGAGGUGCUAAUGGGAAAUGUGAUUUGAUUUACUUGCUUAGAGUAAUAAAAGCAUUUUGUGCAUUCAAUCUCACAAUAGAUUUUAUCUGAUCUUUCACUGUAAGGCUUAUGUAUAUUUUCCAUAUAUGUAAAACACACAUGUAAAAUGUAUGUGGCCAUAAAAUAGGCAAUAAUCAUCUAAAUAAAAAUUAUAUUGGCAGCUAAGCUGCACUGAAUACUCAACAGAAAUAGUAGUGAUCAAAAGUCAGUCUGAGAGUUAAAUUGCAAUCCAAACAUUUUCUAUCAAUGGAGAUGAUUAACUACUGAAGAUAUCAUUUCUCACUGGGUUUUAGAACACUCUGCACUAAGGUUAAGGCUUCACAAAUUCACUUUUAAAAACUUGGAAAUCAAAACCAAAUAUAAAUAUUAUGGCUUAGCUGUGGGAAGAGCCAAUUUUUUUAUAUGCAAAUCUGUCAUGGUAAAUAUACUAAUGUAUUUCACAGUUAUGUCCUUAAAAAAAAAUUCCACGCACUCUUAAUUAAUUUUCUUUUCUCUUCUGAAAAGAAUUUCCUGGCAGAGAAUCUAUCAUUCCAAAAGGUAACCUGGGUACCAGCCAUCCCUAUAUGGAAAUCUCAGGCAAACUAGAAACCCUGUGUCUGGCUUCCCACUCUAAGAACUGUCACUUCAUCUUCAUGAAGAGAGUGCCAAAGUCAUGAGGCAGAUGUCAGAGCCUGAAGGAAACUUAGCCAUCUGCAAAGCCAUCCCUCUUUGACAAAUGAGCAAAGCAGGCCUGGAUAGAUGAAAAAACUUGCCCAAACUCACUCACACACUGCUAGUUGAUGGCAGAACCAGGCCUAGAACCCAAGUAUUUUGUGUUCUAGUUCAGUGCUCCUUUAGGUAGAUUUUUUUAAUCUUUAAAGUUUUAUGCAGAAGUUGUUUGUGAGAAUGUUGAAGUUAAAAAACUUAAGUAUUAGUCCAAACUCAGAAAUCAAACAGGGAUAAGUCAGCGAAAAGAUAUAUUGAAAAUUCAUGAAGGCCAAUGAGAAGUUAACCUCUAUCUCCCUGAAAAUUUAAACCAGCCGCCCAAAAGACCCUCCUAAUCUAUUAAUUCCUCUGCUUGGGAGUCCCAAGGACGUGAAAGAGAAUCCCUUAGAGCUCUAAUAGAUACAUCUAUAAAUUGGUUUUCUCCAUAAAUGUACACAUACAUGUAUCCUUCCACCCUGUCUCCAGAAGCAGCAGUGACUGGCAUGCACACUGAAAACAAAGAAAGAGGGCAGGCAGGAAAGCACAACAGGUACAUACUGGCAGAGGCCUGAUGUCUGCCCUUUACUGUAACUGCGCAAUGCCUUUCACUGCCUCACAUACAUUUGAUCGUAACUACAAAGAUGUGCAUUUACAUGUGUGAGCUAUUAAAAUGAUGGUUACAUGUAUACCUAUGUACCAAACCUGCACGGUCAGCACAUGUAUCCCAGAACUUAAAGUAAAAUAAAAAAUAAAACAAUUUGGAAAAAAAAAAAAAAGAUGGUUAAUGUAAAAUAAUAUAAUAAAGAUUAUGUACUUCAUCAUAGGAUUCUUAUAAAGUAUAGGGAAAAUACAAAUUUUAAAAAGCAAAGUUUAAUCAUACUUAUUAAGCAAGACUUUUCACAAGAAUUGAGUAUAAAUUCAAUCUCCAUAUUUCAGUUAACUUCAAACCUUGUUUCAAAUUAUCCUUUCCAAGUUUCAAUAAUAUGCCAAAUAGGACAACCAGUAAACUUUUAUUGCUUAAGAAUAUCAAUCCAAGAUUUUUAUUAAGUUAAAAUGAAGGAACUAAAAAUAGGUAAAUGAAAAUGUUGUAACACUUUAGUGCUAUUUAUGAGUAUGAACAAAGGAAUUUAAUCACUUUGAAUCUCAAUUACAGAUGAAUCUUUUAUUUCAUGGGUGCUGGGUAUGUGGUCUUUUUAAGACAAAAAUUCUACAGCAUGGUUUUACUAAGUCAGACUGAGUAGGUCACAUCUCUGUGUGCCGCACAGAACUUUUAGAUGAGAGUAGAGGGGAAAAAGUUCUGCAAUUCUUCACAGUAGAGUACUCACACAGUAAAUCCUUAACGAAAACUACUGAACUGUGAGUAUAUGCCUUAUAAUCUUAUGCACAGAAAUGUAUCUAUUAGUACGGAAAGUUGGAAAACAUCAAGAUUAAAAACAGAGUGCUAUAGGAAAAAUUCACAGCAGUAAACACAUUUUGCUCACUCAUUUUCCUACAAAUCUUCAGUUUAUUAAUUCAAGAGAAACUAUAUUAGGAAUAUUUGGCUGAUACCCCUAUUUCACCACCUCAUCUAAGCUACACUGUAUUACACCAAGAAUGGUGGCGAUUUUUUCCCCAUCUAUACAGGCACUGCCAUCUAGUGGCAAGUUUUCACCAGCAAUUUUAAAAGAUAGUGGCUCAACUCUGGUAACAAAUAGUAGACACUGAUGGUUUGUCAAAUAAGCAAAUGCAUUUAUUUGAUACACAAAUUCCAUGCCACCAGUCAAACUACGGUCUGGCUUUUUUUUUUUUUUUUUUUUUUUUU